AUGGCCUACAACAUGACAUUUUUCCCUAAUUUGAUGAGGCAUUAUGACCAGAGUACAGCUGCUGUGAAAAUGGAGCUCGUGAUAUCUAUAAUCCCAGAUUUCGUAACUAUAGAUCAUUUAGAAUUUUUGACUGGGUUGACUCAGGAUUUUUGGCAUAAGAGAUGUGGUGUGCUUUUUGGCUUCUCGAUAGCACUUAACAUUCACCGAGUAAGCCCUGUCCUUGGUUUCUCUUGCAGUCCAAUCAGUGAAAGCCGCAGAGUUCUACAGGAGUCAUGUGAGUUCUUCUUAAAGCACAAUUCUAAAGUUAAACACAAAAAGAAGCACUGCAAACCCAGUUCGCACAAGCUGAAGGUCAUUUCCAAAUCCAUGGGAACCAGCACAGGCACCACAGGAAAUCACGGCACGUCCUCGGUGGCAAUCACUAACCACGAUUACUUAGGACAAGAAGCUUCGACAGAAAUACCAACCUCCCCAGAGACGUCCGUGAGAGAGGUGAGAGCAGAUGGAGCGAGCACCCCCAGAUCCAGAGAAGAGGACUGUGGGGAGCCGGCCUCCCCAGCAGCAUCCAGCUCCAAACUCUGUGGGGAACAGGCCGACAGGAAAGGCCGGGCAGGCAAUGGGAAUGAUAAGAUCAGCGUGUCUGAAAGUACGCGGAGUGAAGGAAGGGUGACUGCAAAAAGUGACAUCACUGAAGCCGGCCCAGGGCAGAGCUACAGCUUGCAGGCCCCAGGUUCCUCGGAGCCGGGCAGCCCAAGAGGCUCCACGUCACUGCUCGUUCACUCGGCUUCUGGGGGCAGAAAAGAGCAGGGCCCCGGCAGUCACUCUGAUACCUGAGGGACAGGUUCGCCCGCCGCUGAGAAGUGGAUUUGUGUUACACUGGAGGGGACAGCGCGCUGUCUCAUCAGUAUCCCUGUUCUGUUCUUUUGCACCGACAGCUACAUUGCGGGCUGUUACACUGGAAACAGUAGAUUCCGAGAAUAAAAGGAUUCAUUUCGCACAGAGGUUAACGAUGACCGUGUACCCAGAAAGCAGAAAUGUGCUGGUUAAUAAUAUUUUUUUAAGUUGUGUGGGAGGAGGCAGUGAGAGGAAUCUUCCUUUUCUAUUUAUGAAGAUUCUACUCUUGUUAAAAGUAUUUUAAGAUGUACUAUAUGCUAUUUCACUUUUAUGGUAUAAAAUCAAGAUAUUUCUUUGCUAAAGUAUUUAAAGCUUAUCUUUGUAUCUUUUUUAUAUAUUUGAAAAUAAGUUUAUAUGUAUUUGAACUUUUUUUAGGAAUCCUGGAAAAGCUAUCCAACUAUUUUUGUUAUGUUCUUCUCAGAUUUUAGCACUACUUUGGUAGCUUUGACACUGAGUUUCUAAGAAAAUUGAAAAAUAGUAUUCUUUUAUAGUAUAAAAAAUAUUUGACACACCAGAAGGUGUUGUAAUGGAAUCCACUUAUUCCACUUUAUCAUCUUCCCUGUGUGAAUUUUAUAAAGUCUUAUUGUUUUAGGAAUUUCAUACAUCUGUUAUGCCACUAAAAUAAGGUGCUUGAUGUCCAGUGUUGAUUGUAUUAUGCUGCUCUCUGAUCCUUCUACAUUUUUAAAUAGUAUGUCCUGAAGGAUUAGAUGAAAUUUACUCUUUAGAAAUUAAACCAAGGACAAUUGAUUUCCUUUUUAAAAAAAAAUGUUUUAUGACCACUCAAGAUUGUAUUUUUAUGACCAUUUAUAGUUGCUUAUACUUUUAACUUUUGCUUUUUAACAUUUAGAAUUCUAAAGUUUGUACAGUAUCUUUGUCAGACAUUAUGUAGAAUUCAUUUCUGUACUUAAAUAGGAUUUUGCUGAAUAUUUAAAAGUGUUAAAAAAAUAUGUUAGCAUUAGUGCCAAUCAAAUGGGAAAAAAAAUGUGUCUUGAUAAAAUGUAUUUUAUAUAACGUACUUUAAAAUAUUAAAGAAUUUUCUUAAUUUUAUUUCCAACUAAGUGUUAUACCUUGAACAAUGUUUUCUGAUGGUUUUGGUUUUUUCCUCUAUUUAGCAUUCUAUUAGGCAUAAGAGAAGGAUUAUCAUGUACUGUAUGGAAAAUGUAAAUAUUAACUUUUCCACAUUUUGAACUUUGUAUACAAAAACAUUGUGUGAUCUCUCCAGUAAUAAAAUUUUCUCUGUGUAAGA